AUGAUGACGGUGACUGAAGAUACUCACAAGACAUAUGAAGAUCAUGUUACUAAACAACUAGAAUUGAAUCAAGAACAUUUAAACUCAUUAACACACCCUGGUUCACAAGUAAAAUUUGACGUUGAUCCUGACAUUCUGCCAACUCCUGACCCGAACUUACGAGUAUUUUUCUUUGAUAUUGAUAAUUGUCUUUAUAGGAAUUCCACGAAGAUUCAUGAUUUAAUGCAAAUUUCCAUAUUAGAAUACUUUAAAAAUGAAUUAAAUUUAAAACAUGAAGAAGCUGAGAAAUUAAAUAACACGUAUUACAAACAAUAUGGUCUCGCAAUUAGAGGGUUGGUUAUGUUUCAUGGGAUUGAUGCUAUGCAAUAUAAUAGAUUUGUGGAUGAUUCGCUACCAUUACAAAAUAUCCUGAAGCCAGACUUAAAAUUAAGAGAAAUGCUUAUAAAUCUAAGGAAUUCUGGGAAAAUUGAUAAAUUAUGGUUAUUUACAAAUGCAUAUAAGAAUCAUGGUCUUAGAUGCAUAAGAUUAUUAGGUGUGGCUGAUUUAUUUGAUGGAAUAACUUAUUGUGAUUAUAGACAAACUGAUACAUUAAUUUGUAAACCUGAUGAAAGAGCUUUUGAGAAGGCUAAAUUACAAAGUGGACUAGGUGAUUAUAAAAAUGCGUGGUUUGUGGAUGAUAGUGGAUUAAAUAUUGAAAAGGGAAUUUCGUUAGGAAUGAGAAAAUGUAUUCAUUUAGUAGAAAAUGAGCCAAACAUGCUCCUGGGAAAAACGCCAAGACAUUCUCAUGUUAUUAGACAUAUAACCAAUCUACCCAAUGUACUACCAGAAUUGUUUAAGCAUUGA